UUUUAUUCCACCAGGGGGAGCUGUAGAUUUCCCAGGGUGGUAGUUUCUGUAGCAGCAGACGGAAGUGAAGCCGCAGCGUAAACAUGGCUGACAGUGGAGACACAGAAUGCAAGGAUGGUAUUUCACGAGCCAAGACUGAAGGCAAAGAGCUGACCAAAGAGGAGAAACAGCGGCUGAGGAAAGAGAAGAAAAAUCAGAAGAAAAACAAAGAGAAGAAAGAAGAAAAGGCUUCUCAGGAAGGAGGGAAAGAAAAGAAGCAUGUCAGUUCAGAGUCUCCAGCCUCCCAACCCACAACACAACCCCCAACACAAAAAGCUCCUCCAGCAGUGCCUGCUCCAGUUCCUGUGCCUGCGUCAGAAAGCCCCGCCCCGGCAGACAAGCCCGCUAAGAGUAAAGCAGAGUUAAAAGCUGAGAGGAGAGCUCGGCAGGAGUCUGAGAGGGCGUCCAAACAGGGCAAGAAGGGAGAUGCCGGACCGCAGGCUGCUACGGGGAAACCUAAAGCCCCGCCCAGUGAGCUGCAGCCAGUGGUGAAGAGGCUUCCAGAACAUGUCCAGGCUGACAACCCCGAGGUUUUAAGGAAAGUGGCGAAGAAAUUGGAAAGACAACAGAUCCCUCUCCGGUUAGACUACGGCUACAAAGUCAGCCUGUUCUCUCACCUCCACCAGUACAGCCGCAAAGCUCCUCUCACGCAGCAGCUUGGCAUUCCCUCCACAGUGAUUCAUCCCGCUAUCGUGCAGCUGGGUCUCCAGUAUUCACAGGGAAUUGUUGCAGGGUCCAACGCUCGCUCUGUUGCCCUGCUUCAUGCCUUCAAACAGGUAAUAAGGGACUACACCACACCUCCAAAUGAAGAGCUGUCAAGAGACUUGGUCAACAAACUGAAACCUUACAUCAGUUUUUUGAACCAAUGUCGCCCUCUCUCAGCCAGCAUGGGUAAUGCAAUCAAAUACAUCAAGAAAGAGAUCUCUAAUAUUCCCAGUCAGUGCAAAGAAGAAGAGGCGAAAAGCAAACUGCAGGACUGUAUCGAGUGCUACAUUAAUGAGAAGAUCGUCCUUGCUGCUAAAGCGAUCGCCAAGUACUCCAUAGAAAAGAUCAGCAAUGGGGACGUCAUCCUCGUUUACGGAUGCUCGUCGCUGGUCAACCACAUCCUGUGCGAGGCCUUCGAGAAGGAGAGGAAGUUCCGCGUGAUCGUGGUGGACAGCAGACCUCGGCUGGAGGGCCGGGAGGCUCUGAGGCGUCUGGUCCAGAAAGGCAUCAGCUGCACCUACGUCCUUAUCUCAGCUGUGUCCUACAUCCUUCCAGAGGUAUCGAAGGUGUUCCUUGGUGCUCACGCUCUGCUGGCCAACGGAUACGUCAUGUCUCGUGUGGGGACGUCACAGAUCGCUCUCGUGGCCAAAGCCUUUAAUGUGCCUGUGCUGGUGUGUUGUGAGACUUACAAGUUUUGUGAGCGGGUGCAGACAGACUCCUUUGUGUCCAAUGAACUAGAUGAUCCCGACGACCUCAUUGUGACCCGGAAAGGGAAAACCCAGCUGGAGCACUGGCAGCAGGAGCCCUCUCUCGGCCUGCUGAACCUGGUGUACGACGUGACGCCGCCUGAUUUUGUGGACCUUGUCAUCACAGAUCUGGGGAUGAUCCCCUGCACUUCGGUCCCUGUGGUGCUGCGAGUCAAGAACGUGGACCAGUGAACGACCUCCCGCCUGAACCCGGAGACUGUUUUUGUGUUUCCACGGAGGAGAACGUGCGCUUCAAAAAUGCCCGCACACGACACAAAAUAAUCGUGCUUUUAGCAUGCAAUAAAUAUCUAUCUGAAAUGGCAUACGCUUUUUAAA